AUGACAUAUACAAAAAAGAAGAUACUUCUCGUUGGUGUAUUAUUAGGUAUAUAUACUUAUACGAUUGUAACGUACUUUACUCCAUGGUUUGUUGAAAAAACAUAUUGGACAGCAUUCGAUUAUAUUCAUUUCAAAGAAGCAUCACGUACACCCAUAAAUAUAACUGAUUAUAUACAUAGUCCUCUAUCGCCAGGACUAAAAUGGUGUUCAUCAAAUCCCUUCUUAGAUUCAUACGAUCGAAAAACAGUAUUUUACAUGGAACACAUAUGGUAUAAAUGGUCAGAAACACAAUUACAAAGUGUCUACGAUAUACUUACUAAAGUUGCUCUUUCACGUAAUACUACCGAUGGAUAUAUUACUCAUAUGGCUUAUCCAGAAAAAACUCAUUUACCUUGUCCAAAUAAAUAUGGUUUAGUACGUUAUGGAAAAUCAUUAGGUACAGGAAAAGUCUUAUGUGGAAUUGCAACAAUUCCACCUUCAGCUAAAUGUAUUAUAUACAGUUUAGGUUCUAAUAAUAAUUUUGAAUUUGAACAAGCAAUUAUAAAACAAACAUCAUGUCAAGUUCAUACAUAUGACUGCACUAGUUCGCCACCAAAAGUUCCCAUUAAAGGUCUUACAUUUCAUAAUGUAUGUAUGGGUGAACAAACAAAUUUACAACAACAUAUAUUUCCUUAUAGUGUACGAAAAGAAAAACUUUAUAAUAACGAAACUGUUAUAUUUAAACGUUUCAGUCAAAUAGUACAAGAGAAUAAUCAUGAUCAUGUACAUGUAUUAAAAAUGGAUAUUGAAGGUGCUGAAUAUGGUGUAUUUGCUGAUAUAUUUAAUUCAUCAAAAGGAAUUAAUUUACCUUUUCAAAUAUCAUUUGAAUCUCAUUGGUGGUAUCACGAUUUUUAUCAUGCAAUAUUACAUCAACACAUGUUUAAUCAAUUAUGGAAAAAAGGUUAUCGAUUUCUUUAUCAUGAACUUAAUCCAGGAGAUCCUUCUUGUGUAGAAUGGACUUUAAUGCGAGUUUUUUGUUAA